AUGUUUGAUGAUGGGUUACUUCGAGGACUUUCUCAUGGAGUAUGGGACACUUUAUACUCGGAACUCGAUUAUAAAAUACCCAAAAAAACUUUAUAUAUAUCGGUAUUGCAAAAUCGACACCAAUACCAAUCUAAACUUAAAAAAAAUUUGGGUUAUAUAGACAAAGACUGUGCUUAUACUAAAAAUGGUAGCUCUGAAACUUCUUCAAGUAAUGAUGAAGAAAUCCGCGAAAAGGAUGAAAAAACAUUUGAAUUAACUAUCCCUUAUUUAAAAUAUAUGGAAAUGGAACCAGAAAUAGUUUUGUAUAAAGAUGGCGCGGGUGUUAGAACGUAUGAAAUUCUUAAGCCCAAUACAUGGUCAGACAUUAUAAAUGAUUAUAUUAUCCAAGAACUUAAACUACCAUGUAACUAUUUGUACAAGCGAUGUAAAGUCAGAAGUGAUAUGUCAAAUAGUCAAUAUUUUUUAUAUUUUGUAGCUGCUUGUAAAGAUUGCAAUAAUAGUUUAAAGGGAUGGAGUAAUCAAAAACCGACUAGAGGACAACCACUGGAGUUAAAAAUAUGUACCAACGACACAAGAGGAAUGGAAUCUAUACAUUUUAGUAAAAGACCACUGAGAGGUACUAAACGUGAUAAAGUUGCUAACGAGCUGGUUACGGAUAUUCCCAGUAAUUGGAGGCGAAAGAAAGCAACAACAGAUAUGGAAUUUGGUAAUUUUUCUCCUCCUAACUUAUACCGCAAUGAAGUUUUACGUAAAGCUAAACAAGAACAUAAAGAUCAACUAUUAGGAAUCACUGUAAAAUGUCCUGUUUUAUCAUUGGUAGAACUAAAACAUUCUCAGUUUUCUGGAUCAAUACAUUCAAUUGGAAUUGAUCCAAUACUUGUUCACUACUGGAGUAAUCAUCAAAUUACUAUAUUUAAGGAUAUGUUAAAAAAAUACUGUAGAGUUUCUAUCGAUGCAACAGGUGGUCUUGUCAAAAAAACAAAACGAACUUCAUUCGAUUUAUUGUCUGCCCAUAUUUUCCUGUACGAAGUAGUUAUAAAUGCUUCAUAUGGCCAAAUACCUGUAUGUCAAAUGAUCUCCGAGAAACAAGACACCCUAACAAUUUGUAAUUGGCUUACGCGGUGGUUGAAUGCAGGGGUUGGCGUACCACAUGAAGUAGUUUGUGAUUACUCUGCUGCCUUACUGGGUGCCGUAACCAGGGCUUUUUGUAAUUUAAGUUUGCAGUGCUACGUAGAAAAAUGUUUUACUUCAUUAAUUGAGCAUGAAAAAGAACAAAGUUUACCGAAGUGUUAUGUACGUAUUGACGUGGCACAUAUGAUCAAAAUAUUUUGCCGUAUACCAUAUUUUAAAGGGAUACAUAACAAAAACUUAAAACACUUUUACGUGAGGUGUUUACGACUUCUGUUAACAUCAGUUUCUUUUGAAAAAUUCACUGAUAUUCUCAAGGCAUUGUUAACAGUUUCUAUGAGUGAAACAGAUGGAUGGUAUAACAACGAGCCAACACCAGCGGAGUCUGCAAGAAAAAUGCUAUUGGACAAAAUAAAAGGAAUUGAUAUAAAUUAUGAAGAUAUGACCGAUAUUGAUUCUGAAGUAGAAGAGAGUGUUUUGGAUGGAGAAAAAUAUGAUUGCGAGGAACCUAUUGAUGGAAUUAAAGAAUAUUUGGAAGAUAUUGAACAAUUUUCCAUUACGCAAUCAAAAAUAAAAGGAAAUCGCGAUUCUGCAUACUUUAUUCCAAACUUAUCCAAAACAAUUUUACGUUUAUGCAAGCAUUUUCCGAUCUGGACUGGAGUUAUGAAUGACAAAUUUCAAACUCCAUAUGUGAUUGCAUCUUCAGCAUCAGUGGAGAGUGAUUUCUCCGAUUUGAAAUCACGUAUCCUCCGUUUCGAAACGAAACCAAUGACUGCUGAUAGGUUUGUUGCCAAACAUCUAAAAUCAAUCGAAGGCAGCUCAAUUUUAUUUCGAAGUAGCCAGCUAAGACAUAAUCACAUAGAAAUUAAUAAGAAAUCUGUUAUGAAGGUGGAUGUUGAAUCAGACUAUAUAAUUUCAGAUUCAGAGACGAUAUUGCCAUCUUCAACAAAAACGAAUACACUAAUUCCUGUGCCGGAGGAAAUAAGUAUUGAAUCAAUCCAAAAGGAAAAAUUAAUACUAAAUGUUAGCUUUGAUUCGUUGGACAUCAAAAGAUUAGGGUCCGUUUCACCAAAUGAAUCGUACAUGCAUUUAGAAGGAAUUGAACCACUGACUAAAUUAAAUUCCAGCGAUGAUUCAACUUCCGAAAAAUCACUUGAAAAAUUUGAAAAUUGGGGUGGCUUAGGAAAGCCAAAUAUUCCAGUUUUUCCCAAAGGCUGUGAAAAUAAAUAUAAAAGAAAAAGGAAUACAACGUACAUGGAAAAAACUCCUGAAAUCGACAGAAUAUUGCAAAAAAAAAACACUCGGUCGAACUUGAACACCUUGCUUAUCAAUGGAAAUAUAGCAACACCAUUGCAUGUAGCCAAACAAAGAUAUAUUGUUAUGAACACGUGCCCGUUUGAUGCAUUAGCAGUAAUAAUAACUAUGGCAUAUACAGACUUUAAAACCUAUACGGCUUUUGUAGACUCUAGUGAAAACAACAUGUUGAGGUUUUGCAAAAGUCUUGCAUUAUAUGGACCAACCAAAAAAACAUACACAGAUCGACUCGAAUUAUUAAAACCGAUUUUUAAGAGCUCUGAUGAUAUUUCUCGUAUCAAAGUGAUUGAUGCUCAGUGUAAUGUAGCGUUCAUUGCAACAAAAUUAUUGGUAAACGCUCCAUCCGCAAUCGAAAAAAUACGGUGCACGACAGAUGGUUGUAAUAAUAAUAACAGAGAUAUUGAAAGCGCAACGUUAAUUUUAAGAUUUAAAGACGUUAAGAAUCUUCAAAAUUCAUUGGAUAAUUACACAAAGGAACAGGUUUAUGAAUGUGGUUAUUGUUAUAAGUUAUUAUCUUCAAGAAGAACUGUAAUGAACCACCUUUUGAUUGAGACGGAUACUUUGCCUGAAAAUCAAAGUAUUCCACUUUCGAUGUUUCCAACUCAAUUAGAAGCCGAAAAUGUCAAGUAUGUGUACAAUUUUUAA